AUGAGUGCCAAGUCUGCCAUCAGCAAGGAGAUUUUUGCACCUCUUGAUGAAAGGAUGCUGGGAGCUGUCCAAGUCAAGAGGAGGACAAAGAAAAAGAUUCCUUUCUUGGCAACUGGGGGUCAAGGUGAAUACUUAACUUACAUCUGCCUGUCAGUGACAAACAAGAAACCUACACAGGCGUCCAUUACGAAGGUCAAACAGUUUGAAGGUUCCACGUCGUUUGUGCGGAGAUCACAGUGGAUGCUCGAGCAGCUUCGCCAAGUUAAUGGCAUCGAUCCCAAUCGGGAUUCUGCAGAGUUUGAUUUGUUGUUUGAAAAUGCCUUUGACCAGUGGGUAGCCAGCACAGCCUCAGAAAAAUGCACCUUCUUCCAGAUCCUCCACCACACCUGCCAGAGGUACCUCACAGACAGGAAGCCGGAGUUUAUUAACUGCCAAUCUAAAAUCAUGGGAGGAAACAGCAUCCUCCAUUCAGCAGCCGACAGUGUGUCCAGUGCCGUGCAGAAAGCGAGCCAGGCCUUGAACGAGCGUGGGGAGCGGUUAGGCCGAGCAGAGGAGAAGACCGAGGACUUAAAGAACAGCGCUCAGCAGUUUGCAGAAACUGCACACAAGCUUGCCAUGAAGCACAAAUGUUGA